AAUGUGACGCCGCUUUUCUCACUCUGCUGUAUCACACAGCUUUUAGCUGCACAUUUGUCUCGUCUCUCUCCCUCCCACAAGCCCACCCCGGGGAGAGAGAGAGAGAGGGAAUGGAGAAGGCAUUGACGAAGGUGACGAGCUUGAAGGUGGGAAGUUCAUGGAUUACGAAGAAGGCGAAGGAUGAGCUCUCGAACAUCACCAAUGACCUCACUACUUUCUCUAGCACUGUUGAAGAGAAGGCUAAAUGGGUUUUCAACAAGCUGAAAGGAAAACCGCAGAAAGGCUUGCCGGAUCUACUCAGAGAAUACAACCUACCACCAGGGCUCUUUCCACAGAACAUAAUCUGCUACGAGUUUGACGAAACGAAGAACAAGCUCGUCGUCUUCCUGCCAUCGCCGUGUGAGGUCACCUUCAAGGACUCGUCAGUGAUAAGGUACGCGACCAGAGUGAAAGGAAUCUUGCUUAGAGGCAAGCUUAUGGGCGUGGAGGGAAUGAAGACCAAAGUGUUGGUAUGGGUAAAGGUCACGACAGUUUCGGUUGAAAGCCACAAAUCCGACAAGCUCUGGUUCACUGCCGGUGUCAAGAAGGCAAGAUCUAAGGAUGCUUAUGACACGCCUCGUGAUUCUGUUAAAGUGGAAGAGUUCUGAGCUGAGUUCCAAUGUCUCGGGGUGUUAUUAUUAUAUUUAUUAUGGUUCUUGGUUUUGGGUAUAGAAGAAGGUUGUCUAUGAUGAAUAUUUUAUGCAAUUAUAAUGUUUUUUUUUUCAUUUUUAUCAUGUAAUGCAAGAAAGAAACUUGGAGGAAUCA